GGACACAACGAUGACGUGUCGCCUUUAUCCAAUUCACUUUCUAAAAAUAACAAAGGAAAGUAAAUAUAAAAAGAAAAUCCCAUUCUCACCCCUUUCAAGGAAGCUCCUACACAGUGGAAGAACUUCGAUUUGGUGAAGCCACGCAUCUCAGGUCAAACUCGAGCAAAUUCAAUCGAUAUUUCGCCAAAAAUUCAAAACUAACAAAAUACAAUUCGCAAAUUCUACUGGAGAAGUAAUCAAUCAUGGCGAUCGCCCAAUCUAACAUGAAUCCGGCGAUCCACCUAGCCGCCGCCACAUUCCGCCACCACCACCGCCGCUGCCUCCUCCAAUUUCGCGACUGCUUCACCUCUCCGCGCAUCUCUUCCGUCCGCCGCCUCUCGCUCGUGUCUGCGAGAGUCAGAGCGUUCUCCACCAACGAGACUCAGCCGGCGGAUGUUGAGAAGAUCCCGAACAAACCGCCGAUAUGCACCGCCGACGAGCUCCAUUACGUCACGGUCAACAACUCGGGCUGGAGGCUCGCGCUCUGGCGCUACAGCCCGUCGCCGCAGGCUCCACCAAGAAAUCAUCCACUGCUGCUGUUAUCCGGUGUGGGAACAAAUGCCAUCGGAUAUGAUCUUUCUCCUGGGUCUUCAUUUGCCCGUUAUAUGUGUGGCCAAGGAUUUGACACCUGGGUUCUAGAAGUUCGAGGGGCAGGAUUGAGCACGCAAGAGUUAGAUGGUAAGGAUGUUGAGAAGUCAGCUCAUGCGAUAUCUGAACAAAUGGAAGCUGCUGCAGAAAAUAUGAGUAUUGGUGCUCUCCCUGCCAACCAGCAAUCAACCUCCGUGCAGAGUAGCUCGAAAAAAGCUGAGAUUACCGUGGUCGAAGAAGAACUAAAUGGGCUUGCAACAGCAUGGGAUGAAUCGAGACUGGUGACAGAAUUGACACAAACUUUUACUCGCUUGUCAGAAAGACUUUCUGGAUUUCUUAGUGAAAGUCAAUCGAAGAUUAUGUCAGCCAAAUUCUUUGAUCAAGUAUCAGAACUCUUGGAGGGUUCCUUAAUAUUUGACCGCUUUAAUGAGGUAAAGAGAAACCUUUUAAGUUUGCUGGAGAGGAGGCAAAACUCUGCUGUUGGUAGCCAAAUUAGGGAUCUAAGUCAAAAAUUAGUAGAUAUCAUUGAAGAAGCUCAGCGUUCAGUUUCACCUCAACUUUUUGAUCUGCCAGAGCGUCUAACAACAACUUUACAAGAUUUCGAGAAGCAGUUGGACCUGAUUGUCAAAUAUGACUGGGACUUUGAUCAUUACCUAGAAGAGGAUGUUCCUGCUGCGAUGGAAUACAUAAGGGCCCAAAGCAAACCAAAGGAUGGCCGGUUACUUGCAAUUGGUCACUCUAUGGGGGGAAUUUUACUAUAUGCCAUGCUCUCACGAUAUAGUUCGGAAGGUAGAGAUCCUGGAUUAGCUGCUGUCGUUACAUUGGCCUCGUCACUCGACUACACAUCAUCUAAAUCAUCUCUCAAACUGCUUAUUCCUCUUGCUGAUCCUGCUCAGGCUCUUAAUGUGCCGGUAGUUCCUUUAGGAGCAUUACUGUCUGCAGCUUAUCCUCUUACUUCCAGUCCACCUUAUGUCUUAUCAUGGAUGAAUGACUUGAUAUCAGCCCAGGACAUGAUGCACCCUGAGCUGUUAAAGAAACUCGUCCUCAACAACUUUUGUACUAUUCCAGCUAAAGUAUUGUUGCAAUUAACCACUGCUUUUAAAGAAGGGGGCCUCCGUAAUAGAAAGGGUACAUUUUUUUACAAGGAUAAUCUUCAUAACAGCAAUGUUCCUGUUCUAGCGCUGGCUGGAGAUCGUGACUUGAUCUGUCCACCAGAAGCUGUAUACGAGACUGCGAAGAUAAUUCCCGAGCACUUAGUCACCUAUAAAGUAUUUGGAGAACCUGAUGGUCCACAUUAUGCUCAUUAUGAUCUGGUGGGAGGACGACUGGCCGUGGAACAAAUAUACCCCUGUAUUGUCCAAUUUCUAAGCCGCUAUGACUCGGACCAAUAGUCCUAAAGCAAUAUGGUUCAGAAGCAAACUUCGCAAUUGUCCCGCACUAUUGUAUCAUCUUUUCUCGAAGCCAUUGGUUCUGGUGGUGCCUUGGGCGGAGUUAACUCAACUUUGCUGGUGAGCUUUCCUAGCAUCCCGCUUCAUCAUCGUCUGACGACCACACUACAUUUUGACGACAUACGGGGGAUGCUAUUUCUUCCUAGAGGAUUCUGAAUCCUUUCAAUGGAGUCAGACUCAAAAGCUGAUUUCUUGUGGUUUUACUUUCUAGUCCGUGAUCAGUACUUGAUUUCUGUUUUCCUUUUAGCCGACAAUUGUAAACUAGAAUGGAGCAUGACAUAUCUGUAAAUGGUGUACAUUUUUUUAUGCGUAUGAUGUUUUAUAUGUCAUGAAGAUAUUAGAUAUAUUUAGAUUUAAGAA